UCUCGAUUGCAUUGUGUUGUGCGGAACUAGUGGUGGCGGUCCUUAAUUUUUUCUUUUCGUUGGGAGAGCUUGUGUUUAGGUUGAGGGCUUGCAUUUGGGAUUUGUCAUCGAGCUGGAGGCCGCUUGGGUAAGGGGUAUGGAAGACAUUGUGUUCUGAUCUGUCGGAGAAAGUGCAAUUGGAGAUUUCCAGUGGCGGGAUAGAUAAAUUACUUGAGACCUUCCAACUUUGAAGUAGGGUGGCGAUCGCCUUGCAGAACGAGUGAUAAUUGUAAUCCUGCUUCUCGUGUACAGACAUCUUGGUAAUAUGCGAAUGGUGCCGUUAGAGUAGUUGUUAUCGAAAUUGGACAUUUCCGGGCGUUGCCAAUAUGGUGUCUGUGGACUCUUGGUUACAGCGGGAGCGUCAGUUUCGACCCGGUGCCUUGAUGUUUGAUGUCCGCAAGGUUGUAUCAGUAGGUUUUUAACCGCAAGGUUUGUUGAUGAGUUUAUGAAGGGCUUUGUUGUGUGCGAGCAGAAUGCGCUGCGGGCGCAUUCUUGACUGACUGCCUUAUUAUUUGCAGGUCCGAAGGAUAUCCUAGGAUGUCAAUCCGAUGAUGUCCUAGGGCAAGCUCAGGAGAUCCAUUGGUCGAAGAAUGUCGUGGUGCAAUGGAUGGUGGGCUGAUAUGCUUGGAAGAGCUGGUUGAACCCUAAACCAUUCCUGGGUCUGAUGAGUGUACUACCUGGAAUGGCGGUGGGUGGGAGGGAAGGUGGUCCUCCAUUUCUAGGCCUCAGAGUGUUUCUCCCGCGCAAUUAUGUACCCCCGGAGAAAUAUAGUGCUCUACAAGAUGCACUUGCACACCAGGGAGCGGAGGUGUUUUUGAACUUGAAUCCUUUCUCCAACUCCAAUGUAGAUUAUCACGUUCUUGCAGAUUUCCAAGUUGAUAAAAUCAAAGACAUGCGUGCGAAGGGCUGCAAAGUCGUAGGGCCAGAAUGCGUCCUCCGCUGCGCAAGAGAAGGCAAGCGGCUCCCGGAUCGUGACUAUACGUGCUGUUUGGCCUUGGAGGGCGUUUCAGUACUAUUGACAGGGUUCUCUGGUGAUGAGAAAAAAGACCUGGAAGAAUUGGUGACGUCCAUGGAUGGUACUUUGCUUCAACAACCAGUCCGGGAGGUUGAUUUUGUGGUGGCUAAGGAUGUUUUAGCCACAAAAUAUAGAUGGGCUAGUGACGUGGCUCGAAAACCGGCACUCAUGUCGUCGUGGCUGCGGCAAUGCGCGAGAGAACACCGGCAAGUUCCACAUGAUCCUCAUAAGAUGCUUCCUCUUGCUGGCCUCACGAUCUGUGCUACGGGAAUCAUGUUUGAAGAUAGGUAUCGUAUACAAGACGCUGCUCAGAAGUAUGGUGCUGCUUAUCAUGCAGACCUCACUAGGGAAUGUUCACAUUUGAUUGCCCUUCUGCCCGAAGGCCGAAAGUACCAGGCAGGAAAGGACUGGGGUUUGAAGGUGGUGUCGCAGAACUGGUUCUGGGAGUCUAUCAAUCGCAAGCUGUGCCUCGAUGAGGCGUGCUUUCCUGUGGUCCCGCCCACAGUGCAGGUCUCACGGACUCCCGUUGGUGGAUUGAAGCAAGAAGUGCCUUCAGUUCAGGAGCAAGGGACUUUUUCAAGCCCAGCGUCCAACAACGAAGUCAAUGCAUCAGGGGAGCAAGAUGCAGAGGCGUCUGCUGACACUAAUGCGGAAAGACGGCAAAGCAUUGAAAAAGAUUCGAUGUAUCUUUCGGGCUGUAGGGUUUUUCUCACUGGAUUUAAUGCUGCUGAGAUGAAGAAGCAGGUGAAUCUCGUGCUCGCUGGUGGAGGUACCAGACACAUGGAGAUGAAUGACACAAUCACCCAUGUGAUUCUUGGAAGUAAUUCAGCUGAAUGUGGUAUGAAGGAGAUCAGGCAACUGGCAAUGUGGGGCGCCGUGUACAUCGUGCAACCAGCGUGGCUUGAAGAGUGCACACGACAGAGAAGAGAACUUUCUGCUGACCCUUAUCUUGUAUCUCAUAAUGUUCUCCUUCAAGGUAAAGAACAAACAGGGUGGGUUUCUGGGGUUUCACAAUCUGGGAAGGGAGGUUCAGUUGAUCCAGGAGUCGGUCAUGGUGCUAUGUCGGCAGCCUCAGGUGAAGGUGGAACAUCAGCAACGAAGGGAACUGCCUGCUUGACCCGGCCGGAAGAUUUCAUUUCAGAGAGAACGGGAUUGAUGGUCCCAAUUUCCCGGACAGGUAAGUGCUUCGCGGGUAUUGCUUUUGGUUUCACAAACGAUUAUCCCCUAGAUCAGAGAGAUGAUAUCAUCCGACGCAUUGUGGACCAUGGGGGCGUCUGCGAAGCAAGCGUUUCUUCUGCAGAAUAUGUGUUGGCUCCGCACGGCACUCCUGCUGCAACCACCGUAAAGUUCGUUUCAAAGCACUGGAUAUCUCAGUGCCUGGAAGAGGGGAAGCUGCUCGACGUCGGUAGUCACACCCUGUUCCGACCUUUGCCUUGCCAAAUACCGCUGGCUGACUUGCAGGGAGUGAAGUUCUGCGUCUCACAAUACAGUGAGCGGGACCGAAAAUUGUUGAGGAAGCUUUGCUACGUGCUGAAAGUUAAAUUCUCGGAGACACUGAAUUCCAAAAUUACGCAUCUACUUUGCAAGGUGCAAGCUGGGGAAAAGUACGAAAAUGCCGAGAGGCUCGGGAUUCGAUGCGUCACAGCAAAUUGGCUUUAUGCUUGCGUAGAGCAGAAUAUGGCCGUACCCAUGGAUAAAUUUCGUCCAAGGGAGCCAACUGCAGCAGAGAAAGAGGUGGAACAUAGUUUCAUGACACAACGCCCCGUGCGUGCUGGGCAGCCACCUUCUCUAACUCAAACUCAAACAUCCAACCAGCAAAAUCCUGUGCCUUCGCAAUCCAUGGCAUUCUCUUCGAAGAGUACGAGAGCGACAACCACUAGAGUAACCAAGGUCUCGACAGUUCGGAGAAAUAUUCGCUCUGCCGAAACAGGUGCAGAUUGUUCUCAAGCUCAAGGAACUCAUUUAGACCCUUGGGAUGCCAAUUCGCCGUCGGCUGUUGAAGCGGGCAACAGCAAUAUUGGAGUAAAAUUAUCUCAGGAGAGCAUCUCUCAAUUAAAACCUGUCACUAGCCGGCCCGCACUCCAACCCUCAACCAGGUCCGUGGUAAGUGGGAAUAAUUUUAACAAUGGUGAGGCGAGUGUUGCAGGGACGUCCAAGCCCCUGGAUUUAGCUUCUGAGUUGGAUACACCUGAACCAUGUCGAGAGACUGGAAUUGAUGUAAGACCUAUGGGUAUCGAUAAUAUGCAAGCUUUUGGAGUGGCUGACAGCAGUGCUGGGGGCAGAAGCAUCAUGGAUCACAACAAUAGUGAAGACCAAGGUACAGGCAAUGUGGUUGAUGCAAUCGAAGGCCUUUUGCGACAGACGAGUAAGGUCCAGGGUGAUGACUUGGUGGAAGUUAUGGAGGUACAUAAAGACUUAAUUUCAUCUGAUGCAGCAUCCUUGAGCAGGAGGGCAAGGGAGGAAAGCUCUCAUAUUCAUUCUGAUUUUAAAAAGCCUAAACUCUACCCUGCAAGGUCAAUUAAAGCGGACGGGGUCUCAAAAUCACCGAAACCUACUACUAAUCAAGACGAUAGUCUACGCUUUGACGAGUCUCAAUUAGAUUCGCAGAUGGUCGCUUACGAUGAAGACCACUCAGAAAGACAAAAUUUGAUGGAAAGGGUUCGAACGAGGAGCUCCAGCAUGGCAUUAUCAAGCAACAACAGUGUAGGCGCGCGUGUAACUGAUAAGUCAGCAGGUGCCUGGAAAGGAGAUCAAAAGCUGGGCCGACUCUUCAGAGCAGCAGAAGCAAACAAGUGACCAACACUCCAAAAGAGUACUACGAGGGCCUUCGUACCGCAUACUUAAGUGUAAAAGAGGUACCGAAGUGUGACACAGGCGGAAGAGUUUGAAUAAUUCAACAAGAGCAAUGGACUUGCAGUUAACCCUUUCAAUGCCUACGGUGUGGCCUACAAUCGCAAGAUUGACGCCGUGGAAACCUGUAGAUUUGCAGGUCCACCAUCAACUUCUGAUGAUUGGUACGAAGCGUUCUUUGGUCAAGAUCGAGUCACAAGCUUUGCUGUGUUUUUGAAGCUUCAUGGUUGAAAUUGGACCAGUAGAUCCAGGGAGAGGUUUUGCACACAGCGAAGUAAAGGCGAAAAUUCAUGUCAGAUUUUGGAUAAGCGGCUUCAACAGACGAUUGGACUUCGCGUACUGUAGUGUUUUUGAAUAGUUUCUAAUGGCAAAGUUUUGUUCAGGAGGAGACAAAUGUAACUACAUUGAAGUCCUGAAUAUAAUUUUCAAAACGUGCUCGACUGGUUUGCCUUUCCGA